AAGGAGCUGAGUCUUCCCAGAAGAGGCAGUUUCUGUCGAGCCAGUAACAGGAAGAGUCUCAUCGUGACGUCCAGCACCUCGCCGACCCUGCCCCGCCCCCACUCACCUUUACAUGGACACACAGGAACGAGCCCAUUGGACAGCCCUCGCAACUUCUCCCCCAACGCCGCUGCACACUUCUCCUUUGUUCCAGCACGCAGUCAUGGACACAGAACGGACAGGACUGAUGGACGCCGCUGGUCUCUGGCCUCCCUGCCCUCCUCUGGUUAUGGAACCAACACCCCCAGUUCCACCGUCUCUUCCUCCUGUUCAUCUCAGGAGAAGCUGCACCAGCUGCCCUUCCAGCCGACAGCAGACGAGCUGCACUUCCUCACCAAACACUUCAGCUCUGAGAGCGUGACGGACGAGGAGGACCGCCGCUCCCCCGCCAUGAGACCUCGCUCCCGCAGCCUCAG